AGCAUUCCCUGCACGAGCCCGGGAGCACUUCCGCCCUGUUGUGAAGUGGGUGUCUCGGUGGAGCCUUGGGGAGCCGUCCGUUUUCUAGGAGCCUCUUGAAGGACUCACCGUAGAUGCAGGAAGACAUUGGAUAAGGACAGCGUAGCUGAAGUGAGGCGUCUGGGGUAGAGAAUGGCUGUGGCCCUGGAUUUGCAAGCCCAGGCAUCUCCACAGCCAGAGCCUGAAGAACUCCUGAUUGUGAAACUGGAGGAGGACUCUUGGGGAUCAGAAUCCAAACUCCGGGAGAAGGACCGUGACUCUGUCUCUGGCCCAGAGGCUUCCCGCCAGCGCUUCAGGCAAUUCCAAUACAGGGAUGCAGCUGGACCCCACGAGGCCUUCAGCCAGCUCUGGGCUCUCUGCUGUCGUUGGCUGAGGCCGGAGAUCCGUCUCAAAGAACAGAUCCUGGAGCUGCUCGUGCUGGAGCAGUUCCUGACUAUCUUGCCUAGGGAGGUCCAGACCUGGGUGCAGGCACGCCACCCUGAGAGUGGUGAGGAGGCUGUGGCCCUGGUGGAGGAUUGGCACCGAGAGACCAGGACUGCAGUACAGUCGGAACUGGAAUUGUAUACAGAAGAGACCAGGCCCUUAAAGACAGGGGAAGAAGCUCAGAGCUUUCAGCUGCAGCCAGUGGAUCCCUGGCCUGAGGGACAGUCCCAGAAGAAGGGGGUGAAGAAUACAUGCCCUGACCUUCCCAAUCAUCUAAAUGCCAAGAUGGCACCACAGCCUUUGAAAGAGAGUGCUGUCCUCACUCCCCGAGUCCCUACUCUCCCAAAGAUGGGGAGCGUUGGAGAUUGGGAGGUGACAGCUGAGUCCCAGGAAGCCCUGGGCCCUGGCAAACAUGCUGAGAAGGAGCUCUGUAAAGACCCCCCAGGAGACAACUGUGGGAACAGCGUGUGCCUGGGAGUUCCAGUUUCAAAACCAAGAAAUACCUCCGAGAAAGAGCAAGGACCAGAGUUUUGGGGUCUAAGUCUUAUAAAUUCUGGGAAAAGGAGCACUGCAGAUUACAGCCUGGAUAAUGAGCCAGCUCAGGCAUUGACCUGGAGGGAUUCAAGAGCCUGGGAGGAACAAUACCAGUGGGAUGUGGAGGACAUGAAGGUGUCAGGUGUUCACUGGGGCUAUGAGGAGACCAAGACUUUCCUGGCAAUUUUGAGCGAAUCUCCUUUCUCUGAAAAGCUCCGGACUUGUCACCAGAACCGCCAGGUAUAUCGGGCCAUUGCAGAGCGGCUAAGGGCAAGGGGCUUCCUGCGGACACUGGAGCAAUGUCGCUAUAGGGUCAAAAACCUCCUACGGAAUUACCGGAAAGCGAAGAGCAGCCACCCACCAGGUACCUGCCCCUUCUAUGAGGAGCUGGAGGCCCUGGUCAGGGCUCGGACAGCCAUCAGAGCCACAGAUGGCCCAGGAGAGGCCGUGGCACUUCCCAGGCUCGGGGAUAGUGACGCAGAGAUGGAUGAGCAGGAGGAAGGGGGCUGGGAGCCUGAAGAAAUGGCAGAAGACUGUAAUGGUGCUGGCCUGGUCAAUGAUGAGUCUACCCAGGGGCCCAGGAUUGCAGGGGCCCCAGCUCUGUUCCAGAGUCGUAUUGCAGGUGUGCACUGGGGCUAUGAGGAGACCAAGGCCUUCCUGGCAAUUCUCAGUGAGUCCCCAUUCUCGGAAAAGCUUCGCACCUGUCACCAGAACAGCCAGGUGUACCGGGCCAUUGCAGAGCGGCUGUGUGCUCUAGGCUUCCUGCGGACACUGGAGCAGUGUCGCUACAGAUUCAAAAACCUCCUUCGAAGCUACCGGAAAGCCAAGAGCAGCCACCCACCAGGGACAUGCCCUUUCUAUGAGGAACUGGACUCGCUGAUGAGGGCUCGGACUGCAGUCAGGGCCAUGGGGACUGUCCGGGAGGCUGCAGGUCUCCCUAGGUGUGGGCAGAGUAGUGCCGAGACUGAUGCCCAGGAAGCCUGGGGUGAGGUGGCCAGUGAAGAUGCUGUCAGACCUCCAACCUUGUGUCCUAAAGCCCCAGACAUGGGUUUUGAAAUGAGGCAUGAGGAUGAAGACCAGAUUUCAGAGCAGGACAUUUUUGAGGGUUUGCCUGGAGCCUUAUCAAAAUGUCCUACAGAAGCUGUUUGCCAACCUCUUGACUGGGGAGAAGACAGUGAAAAUGAAAAUGAAGAUGAAGGGCAGUGGGGAAAUCCCUCACAGGAACAGUGGCAAGAAAGUUCUUCUGAAGAGGACUUAGAAAAACUUAUUGACCAUCAAGGCCUGUACCUUGCGGAGAAACCCUACAAGUGUGACACAUGCAUGAAGAGCUUCAGUCGGAGCUCCCACUUCAUUGCCCACCAGCGAAUCCACACAGGUGAGAAGCCCUACAAAUGCCUUGAAUGUGGAAAAAACUUUAGUGACCGCUCUAACCUCAAUACCCAUCAGAGAAUCCACACUGGAGAGAAGCCCUAUAAAUGCCUUGAAUGUGGGAAAAGCUUUAGUGACCAUUCUAAUCUCAUCACUCACCAGAGAAUCCACACGGGGGAAAAGCCCUAUAAAUGUGGAGAAUGUUGGAAAAGCUUCAACCAGAGCUCAAACCUUCUGAAACAUCAGAGAAUCCACUUGGGAGGAAAUCCUGACCAGUGUAGUGAGCCUGGGGGAAACUUUGCCCAAAGCCCAUCUUUUAGUGCUCACUGGAGGAAUUCUACAGAAGAGACAGCUCCUGAACAACCUCAAAGUAUCAGUAAGGACUUUAAUUCUCCUGGACCACACAGCACAAACUCAGGGGAGAAACUUUAUCAGUGUUCUGAAUGUGGAAGAAGCUUCUCUAAGAGCUCUGCCCUCAUUAGUCACCAAAGAAUCCAUACGGGAGAGAAACCAUAUGAAUGUGCUGAAUGUGGGAAAAGCUUCAGUAAGAGCUCCACCCUGGCCAACCACCAGCGCACCCACACUGGAGAGAAGCCGUAUAAAUGUGUGGACUGUGGGAAGUGCUUCAGUGAGCGCUCCAAGCUCAUCACACACCAGAGAGUGCACACAGGAGAGAAGCCCUACAAAUGCCUUGAGUGUGGAAAAUUCUUCCGUGACCGUUCUAACCUCAUUACUCACCAGAGGAUUCAUACGGGAGAGAAGCCGUAUAAGUGCAGAGAGUGUGGGAAAUGCUUUAACCAGAGCUCCAGUCUUAUUAUUCACCAGAGAAUCCACACAGGGGAGAAACCCUACAAGUGCACAGAGUGUGGCAAAGACUUCAACAACAGUUCCCACUUCAGUGCUCAUCGGAGAACCCAUGCAGGAGGGAAGGCAUCGUAGGGGACAGUUUCCUCAACAACAAAAGAGGACUCAAUGUAUAUAUCUUAUAUCAUAAGAUGUAUGCUAGAGAGAAAACUUUCCAAUUUUUAAGCUUGGUGUGUACCCAGGGAAGUUAUCUUGGUAUAAACCAGGUAAUUUGGAAGUGAAUUACAAAUACUAAGGAUCCAGAUUUGAAGGCAUUUUUAAGUGUAAUUUGUUUUUCUUCUGUAAAGACCCACACAGAAUCCUGACUGUCCUUGUAUUUGCUAUCAUGUAAGAGUUGUGUCAGUAUUUGAGCCAAACUGGCAACUUAGGAGAUUAGAGUUAAAUCAGUGGUCCUGAGCAGUGAUUCCAAACUCUCACUGUGCCUUCACACCGUCCAUGUGUAAUCCACCCCAUCAGCAGUGGUUCUCCUACUUUCUCUGUGGGGGCAUAUCCUCAGGGGAGAAUGUUGAGACUCUGGUGAGAGAGGAGUUGGCCUAGAGCAGGCCACUGUGAGCUCAGCACAGAGUAGGAAGAACAGUGACAUCAUUACAAAAUCAUCAAUAGCAGCAAUAGCUGGUGUUUAUUGAGCUGUUGCUCUUUGGCAAGCUCUGUGCUAAGAACUUUGUAUACAUCAUCGCAUUUAAUCUUCACAACAGCCCCAGGAGAUAAGUACUAACUUUCUCCCCAUUUCCUAGAGGCUUGGGAAAUUAAGUAACUUGCACUGGUCACACAUCUGUAAGUGGGAGAGGCAGGAUUCAACAGAUCUGUCUGUCUUGAGUCUAUCGUGCUCUUAUUGCUAUACUGAAUUCCCAUUCAUGUUAGGUAACUUAGGGGCCAGAAUCUCCAUGCACUUUGUAGACCACAUUUCCUGUUAUGAAAUUUCCACAUUUUGAAUUUUUUAAACAAAUAUGGAAACUGAGAAUCCCUAAGGAUUAAAGGACUUGGGAUAUCCAGAAUUGGUGAGGUGAUUUGAGCAAGGAUGAGCUAUUAUCAAAAUACUUGAUGUGAGUUUCCAUCUUCGCAAUAAUAUGGGCGAGAGAUAUAGGUGGGUUGAGACUGGGAAAAAUAUGCACCCUAAGUAAUUUUUCUUCCCAUGAGAUACUGCUUUGGCUAAGGAAAUGGGAUCUAAGAGUUCUCUUUUUCUCAGGGGACAGUCCUACUUCUUGCCAUGCUUGGCUGAUCAUAGGUUAACCCUAACAGAAGCCUGGGGUCCCUACAUUUUUGUCUGUCUGGCUUUUCCUUUUGGCAAGCAGAAGCUUUGUUCUUGGUCCCCAUGCCAAGACUGAGGUGGAAGGUGCUGGUGUAUAUGGUCAUCUACUGAGAGGGCCUUGACCGCUAUUCUGUGUUCCAGGUUCUUGGCACAAUUUUACCCUGAGCCAUCCUGUCCCAGGCCUGCCCAGGGCUUUCUGUAUGUUGACCCUUGAGACUCACCUCCCACAUGGACAGGCUAAGUUAGAAAGGUUCACAUAGGAUGGUUUUAACAUUUGCAGCACUUUGGCCUCCAGAGUUUCUCCUUAGAAGGGUUUAAAACUGUUGACCAAGGACUUCAGUUUUCAUAGGACUUUAAAGGAAAAUCCCCCUCCUGCCAUCCUCUUAUGACACUGGGAUGUAUUCGUAACCUGCUUGGUUCAUGGGCUGGGGAAGUACCUGUCAGAUAGUGGAUGUGAAGCAGCCUUGAAGAAUGGAACUUUUAUUAACAUGCGAGGAAGCCAGUGGAGAGAUUUGCUACUCCCACAGAGUGAUAUCCCUUCUUAACCCCUUCCCCUGUUUCAGAACCUCCUUUCCCAAGAACCAGCCCCACUAGGAUCACCGUCAACUCCCUCCCAGUUUACCUUUUCUGGCCCACGUUAUCUCUGUGGGGCAGGGGUCAUGGGAUGAACCCUGGAUAGAAGUCAGCAGAUGUCAGUAACUGCAGUAAUACAGUGAUAUUGUCUAGUAAUGUGAGCUGAGAGGAAGGAUCCUGAGAUGAGGGAGAUGGAAGGAGUUCCAGGGAAAGGCAUUGUUGCAUGGAAUAGCAUGGAUUCAGGGUGGGGUUGUAUGAUGGGAGGUUGGGAACAGGGAGCUGAUAUUAGAGGAGUGCUAGGGCAAGGUCACUGAGGACCUCACAUAUGAAUGGAGUGUCAACACCAGGCCUGGGGCAAUGUUCAGAUGUGCAUGGUUGAAAUCUGACAGCUGAAUGGAACUUGGACAUGCUGCAAUUAGGAUGGCCUGUUGGGACACUGUUGUGGUAUUUCAGCUAAAGGCUAGGUCUGAACUACAGCAGUGGUGACACUGAGGAGGAGGGAAUGAAUGGGAAAGGUCUCAGAGGCAGAUGGGAGGACAUCAGAGGAAAGCUAGAAUGCCUUUGGUGACUGGGUAGAGCAUGUCCUCAUUCAGAAUUGGGAGCACAAGGAGGAGAGGCUGAUAGAGCAGGAGGGCAGAAGAUAAGAAGUUUAGUUUGGUAUGUCUAGAACCUGAGGUGCUUAAGGGAAAUCAUGGUGAUGCUAUGCAUUUGGAUGUCGGCUAGAAGCUAGGGGAGAGGCUAGGAUUAGAGAUCUGUGUAUGCAAAGUAGUUAAACUAAUGAGAAAGGAAGAAUUUCAGAUUCAAGUAUUGGGCCUAGGACAGAGCUACUUGAUAGUGCUGAAUGGAGAGGAAGAUGGCCCUCAAAGGAGAUCUAGACCCUUCCCCACUCCCACCCCCUACCAUCAUGUUUUGGACCCUGUCUUCCUUGUUACUGACCCCUGAAUUCUUCAUGUAGCCCUGAGUUUUCUGGAGCUCUCACUGUGGAAGUCAAGCUGAGCUCUGUGUGGAUGUGAGGUGGUAGUCCUUUCUCCACUUGGUCACCCUUUCCCCUGGGCUUGGUAGUGUGUUAGUGUCUCAUAUCUUUAGUGAACAGUUUUGAUGUUUAUUAUCUGCCAUUCUUGUCUCAUGAAUCUUAAUAGAGGUUCAGUCAUGAAAGCAAGGCCAGUGUAGGCCAGGCGAGAAAAUGGCCCAGAUGGUCCCUUCCUCCUUGUCUACCUGACUUCCUUUGGAAGAAGCACUCUUUCAGGGGGCUUCAGUGUUCCAGGCUUGCUGUGUACCCACGAGCUUGCUGGGCACCCAGGCGCCCUCCAGUAGGUCUGGCUGCUCAGAUAAACUGACAUCUGGUUUUACACACCCUGAGCUUUGCUAGCGUGAUUCUGCUCUUGGGAAGUAGAUUCACUCUGCAGAAUGGGUGGACAGUUUCUCAGCCUUCCUGGCCACAGGUCAGACCCGGGUUAUGGAAAACCAAACCAGCAAAUGCUGCCCUGGGAGGGUGUUACAUCAUGUGAGCUGCUAAAGGCAGGAUCGUCUUCCCAGAUGGCUGCCUCCCCUUGAUUUCUUCACCCUCCACUUCAAGAAGGGCAUUGGCUCCUCUGAAGUGACAAAAAGGUACCUAAAGGACCUUAGGCCUCCCAUUCCUCAGACCCCCAGAGGCAGCAGACCCAAAGGUAGGGGCAGGGAAAGGAGGGGCCAAGACUUUUUCAGAUACUCGGUUUUUUCUAAGGCCUUGACCUCAGCAGCUGAACUCAUGGUCAUGGCUGCCUUGGCCUUAUUGUCCCCUGUAGCCUCCUCCCAGAAGCAGAGUAAAGCAGCUAGGUUCCCUCCAUGCUAAAUAAUGUAGUCAGGCGCUCUGGGUAGUCCGUCCUGCCUCAUCUUGUUCUGGGGCCCCCAGUGGGGAUAGCUCUCUGCUUUCGGGCUGCAGAAAAGAAUUGAGUCACUUUCUGAAGGGGAGUAACACCCUUUGGGGACAGGGGUGCAGUUUUGAAGUAAUGAAAGCAGUGAUGUCUGGAGUGGGUGUGGGUGUUGCAGGUGAACUUGCCUCACCCAGGCUGUUUUGGGUCUUUGUACUCGAGUUCUGUCCUAGGCUUGCUUCUUCAUUCACUCUGUUUCCCUUUCUUUUCUCUUCUUUUCUUUCUCUCUUUUCUUCUGUGUAGAUGCUAAUGACUUCCAGAUCUGUGUCCUGCUGUGGCCUCUCUUCUUAGGAGCCCAGCUGCCUGCCAACCAGCUGUGCUUGGGUGACUCCUGGGCGUCUCAAAGCCCCCAUGUCUACCAUCACCCAUCAUGGGGCUCUUGGCCUGCCCAUUCAGCACAUGCAUUGAUGUACACACUCAGUGGCUCCCAUCCAAGCCUCCCCUGCACGUGCCUGGAGAGACCUGCCCAUUGGACUCAUCCUGGACUCAGUUCUGCCAAUACUUUCUCCCUUCUAAGAGCAUUUACAGUUGGGCUGGAGUUACCCAGCUGCCUGAGAGGUCUCUUUCUGAAUGGAGUCAAUAUCUAAAGUCAAAAUUAAUCAUUCAAAAUAUUCCCUUACCUCAUUUUUUUUUUUUUUUUUUUUUUUUUUUUUUUUGGAGAGAUGGGGGUCUUGUGUUGCCCAGGCUGGUCUUGAACUCCUGGCCUCAAGUGAUCCUCCCACCUCAGCCUCCCAAAGCUCCCCUUAACCUCAGUUUUGAUCCCACCCUCCAUUUGGGCAUUGCUCAACUCCCCCACCUGUUAAUAGCAAACACCAAUCUCAAGCCCCUGCCCCAAUCUGCUACAAGGGGUUAGUGCUCCAUGCAGUGGGAGUGCAGGGAAGGCUUUGCAGGAGAGGAGGGAUUUGAAAUGGGCCUGGAGGCCUGGGAUGGUAGACACUGGUGCCUUUUCCCCCACAGUUCCUGGCUAUUUCUUCACACUCCCAGCAUCAGUAUUACUGCUAGCAUGUCUUUAGCAUCAUUUUGCCCUCCCUCUGACUUUCAGCAAGCCUGCACUUACCUCCAAAUAAAUGCAUGUUUUCGGGGGGCAAAGGCACAUUCCUUCCUUACCUUAUUGUUGCUUCCCCCACCCCAUGCUGCAGCUGAGUGGGUGACCUUUCUCCUCACCUCCUGUGCCGCAUCUCUCACCUAGUCUCUGUUAGGAACCCUACAGGAGCCUGCACCCCAGUGACCCCAUUUUAUGCUGCUUGGAGGAAGAGACAGAGUUUGAGAGGUACCAGUUCUUUUCAGUGUGUGUUUAGUUCCCCCACUUCUCAAAGCUGAGAGCUUCUUUGUUUUAAGAGCCACUUGGUUAAGUCAAGAGCAUUAGAAGACUAAAAAGAAGAAUCCAUUAGAUAAUUUUACCUAAACAUGCUAUAGUCGUCUAGGGAUUCACAUAGACAUUGAUUUUCUAAUCAGGGCGCUGUUGGUGAUUCUCUUUGUGUGUAAAGAUGCUUCUGAUCAUGCCUGCCAUUAUAUGAUACUUAUUUCUAAAGUCACUUUUUUUUUUUUUUACAUUUUCAUUGUAGAAAAAUAUCCCAUAAAAAUUGUGCCACCUAGAGGGUGAGGGCCACGGGAAGGGGGAUCAGGAAAACAAGAAUCACUCUCUAAGCUGGUCCUGGAGCAGCAUGACAGAUGUAUCUGAGCCCAAGCAGGAGAGGAGCCACAGGCCCAGGCUGGCGGAGUUGUGACUACUAGAAUCUCGAGUCACUGGGGCUCAGGGAGCCCUAACUUGGUGGCAGGUGACAAAUGUGGCACAGAGGAGAAAGGAGUCUUCUCCUUCCACAUAGAAUACACUUGGCUUCAGUGCUUUGGGGGGAUUCAUGGACCACAGAGAAGCUUCUGCAUAUUUAUAGGCACUGGGGACCAGCAGGAAGUGGUGGUGAGACACUUUGAAACCCUCCACUGCGGACUUCACCCAGGGGGAAGGGCAGGAGAGAAUCCCACUGUGGACAGCACUUGAGAGGAAAGGGCUUGUUCAUGACCGCGUAUGAGGUCGCCAACCCAACCCUGUUCCUGAAGUUUCCCAGAAAUAGAUGGAGAGGUAAGGCCAGCUAGGCUGGAGCGCCAGCAUCAGUAGUAGGGUCAGGAGCUCACGCUAAACCCGGCUGGUGUGUCCUGGAGAAACAGGAAGCACAGGUGUCAUCUCCAGGGACCUUUCUCGACCAACUAAUUUAUGGAAAUGAGACAUUUGUGAUUGAUUUUAAUUCCCUCUUGGGGACUGUGAAAUUAAAAUAGAUUAAAUUUUGUCCAUCAGGAUCCUCAGGGAUUUAAUGUCCAAUUCUAAAACCUGAAAGGCCCUUUUGUUUUGCAAUUUGUGGACCAAUCCCUGGCUUCAUUUUAUUUGGCUUUGCUUUCACUUCCCCAUUUUCUGUUAUUUUAUUUUUUUUGUGCUGUUAUGUACAUCUCUUAAAGCUGGUCAAAUCAUAUUUUGGGAUGGAAUGGCCUGGUAAGUUAAUAAAUUAUAUUAAACUGCCAAAAAA